GCAGGUCUGUCCGUCCCUCGUUCUCGCCCACAGGGACACGCCUUCCUCUCGGGGUGGACUCAUCCCACUUCUUGCGCAUCGAUGAACUGAAGGGGUGUCGGAGCUGGGGUCGCCUCCUCCCCCCCCCUUCCCCCUGACCUUGCCCGUGGGGGAAGUGUCUGCUGGGACUCCUGGCCAGGAAGUGGCUGGGGACGAGCGGAAGAGAGAGAGAUGCCUGAGGAGGCGGAGGGCGAGGAGCAGGCUGGAGAAGGGCCAGAAGCACAACGGAAGCAGGCGGACGAAGGUUGGGCGGAGAGGGGGCAGACGGAUGGACCCAGUGUAAAGGGGAUCCUGGGGCUCGCUGGAAAGACCACAGCCUUGCGUAGCGACAACCCCCAGAGGAAGAGGGACUAUCUGUGCCUGGCUCCGCUCUGGCUGGCCCUGGUGACCCUGGCUGCUGCAGGGGUUCUGAUCUGGUAUUUCCUAGGCUUCAAGGAGGAGGGGACCAGCAGCCGGCUGUACUCGGGCAGUAUCGCCGUGCUCGAUCGCCAGUUCUUCCCAGACCUCGCCAACCACAAGUCCAGUGCCUUUCGCAGCGAAAUAGCCAAAGCCCAGAUCAUGCUGAAAGAACUCAUCUCUGCCACCCGCCUCUCCGCAUAUUACAACUCCAGCACGGUGUAUGCCUUCGGGGCGAAGCCUCUGACCUGCUUCUUCUGGUUCAUCCUACAAGUCCCCAGCAGCAAAGUCCAGAAGAUGAGCCCUGAGUGGGUAAAGGAAGUGCUGGUGGAUGAACUGAAGGCACGGGCCAACGCUUCGGAUGCCUUGCCCCAGGAUGAGCAGUAUGAGGUGGAUCCUGGCACCCUGAUACUCCUGGAGGCCAGCUUGAGAGACAUAAUUGUGCUGAAUUCCACGCUGGGCUGCUACCGGUACAGCUACAUCGAGGAAGGUGAGAUCCGACACCUGAAAGGCCCGGACUACCUGUCCUCCAGCUGUCUCUGGCAUCUCCAGGGCCCCCGGGACCACAUGAUCAAGCUCCACUUGGAGUGGACCCUUCCCGAGUGCCGAGACCGCCUGGUCAUGUACGACGUGCCCGGACCCCAGGAAAACCGCCUCAUUGCCUUACUAUACGGGUGCAGCCGUGUGGAGCCGGCGCUGGACAUUCUCUCCUCAGGGCCGGUCAUGUCGGUGGUUUGGAAGAAGGGGCUCUACAGCUACGAUGACCCUUUCACCUUGGCAGCCCAAGCAGUGCCCUUCCAGGUUUGUGCCGUGAACCUGACGCUGGAGGAGAGUCUGGAGCUUCAGGGACCCAUCAGGACCCCCUACUAUCCCAGCUACUACUCUCCCAGCACGCAAUGCAGUUGGCACCUGAAGGUCCCAUCCCCCAACUACGGCGUGGCCCUAUGGUUUGACUCCUACACGCUCCAGGGAGGGAAGAAGAGCGGACUGUGCACGCAGGGACAGUGGACGAUACAGAACCGAAGGAUGUGUGGCCAGCGGAUCCUGAAUGCCUACGCCGAGAGGAUCCCCGUGGUCACGGGCGCCGGCCUCACCAUCAACUUCACUUCCCAGAUCUCCCUCACGGGUCCCGGAUUGCAGGCGCACUACAGCCUGUACAACACAUCAGACCCCUGUCCAGGGGCAUUCCUCUGCCCCCUGAACGGCCUCUGCGUCCCAGGCUGUGAUGGGAUCAAGGACUGCGGCUCAGGGAUGGAUGAGAGGAACUGUGUCUGCCCGGCCAAGUUCCAGUGCCCAGAGGACAGCGCCUGCAUCGCUCUCCCCAAGGUCUGCGACCAGCACAUGGACUGCGCCAACGGGAGUGAUGAGCAGCGGUGUAACCACACGGUGCCCUGCGGGGCUUUCACGUUCAAAUGUGCCGACGGCAGUUGCGUGAAGAAGCCCAAUCCCCAGUGUGAUGAUUUCCCCGACUGCCCGGACCAAUCCGAUGAACUGCACUGCGACUGCGGCCUGCAGGAGCCCACCAAUCGCAUCGUGGGUGGCUUCAACUCGGUGGAAGGGGAAUGGCCAUGGCAGGCCAGCCUGCAGGUGCGAGGACGCCACAUCUGCGGCGGGAGCCUCAUCGCCGAUCGCUGGGUGUUGUCCGCCGCCCACUGCUUCCAGAAGGACAGCCUGGCUCUCCCGGCUGUCUGGACCGUGUUCCUGGGCAAGCUCCAGCAGAACUCCAGCUGGGCCAGCGAGGUGUCCUUCAAGGUGAGCCGCCUGCUGCUGCACCCCUACUACGAGGAGGACGGCCACGACUACGACGUAGCCCUGCUCCAGCUCGAUCACCCCGUGGUGCGCUCGCCCGUGGUGCGGCCCAUCUGCCUGCCCGCCCCCACCCACUUCUUUGAGCCCGGCCUCAAGUGCUGGGUCACCGGCUGGGGGGCGAUCCAGGAAGGAGGCUCCUUCAGCAGCACCCUGCAGAAGGUGGACGUGCGCAUUGUGCACCAAGACCUGUGUGACGAGGCCUAUCGCUUCAGCAUCACGCCCCGCAUGAUGUGCGCCGGCUACCGGAGAGGCAAGAAGGAUUCUUGCCAGGGAGAUUCGGGGAGCCCCCUCGUCUGCAAAGAGCCCAGUGGCAGGUGGUUCCUGGCCGGCCUGGUCAGCUGGGGCCUGGGCUGCGGUCGUCCCAAUUAUUUUGGGGUCUACACCAGGAUCUCCCGCGUGCUGGACUGGAUCAAACAGGAGGUGUCCUGAACGGUAGCAUCCUGCCCAUCCUCCACCACCCCCAAGGUUCCUGCUGCUCCACCCCAGAGCCAGCUGCAAGGGGAAUAAACCUGCCGCAGUA